AUGUCGGACGCUGCGGCUCCAAAGCUCAAGAACAUAAGUUCAUGGAAAUUGAACAAAGCAGAAGAAGAACAGUUGAAAACCCGUGUGGCAAACGGGGAAGAGGAGCUGACUGUCAAAAGGGCCCUCCAGAAGUUGAAAGCGGAAGCGGCUUUGUCGAGAAAGACUGCCGCUAACGCGGUUGCUCAGAAAUCUGCUCGGCAAAGUCAAGGGAGCGCAAAGGCCAAAGCAAAGGCCCCUGUGCCUUCCCAGGGAGACUCUGUGUCAGAUGCUGAAUUGAACGACGCGACGAACAAGCAUUACUACGCUCUGGUCCAGCAGGACCUCGCAACGAUCUUUGAACAUUUUGGACCGCAGUUGGCAACCGAAUUUUGUUUGCCGAUUGGCUGCGGCCAAGAGAGCGGUGUCCAGGAUGUAUAUGAUCGUCAAAAGGGGAUUACAUCCCUGAAGCAGCACUCUGUCUACAGAUGCAGCGUGUCUGCAUUCUGGAUCAACGCUUUGAGCAGUGCGACCCCAGGGGUCCCCAUGAGCCGGAAGAGAGUUGAAGAUCUGAGCGCUUUUCAUUUUCCAGGUGCGCAGCCAAAAUUCAUGACGGAUCGCAUGAUUGAAAUCGCAUGUUCAGAGGCGGAUCUGACAGAUGAGCCUCGGAAUUUGCAGAUGAUCAGCCCAGAAGAACUUUUGCACAGCCUUUUGCACGCCUGUGCUUCGGCUAUCAAGCUCUCAUCAGCAUUGGAUAGCGCAGUGUGGGCCGAGCUGAGAAGCAAAUGGAAAUCUGUGUUGCUGAGCGUCCCGGCAAGUUUCAAUGAGAUUCAGCAGAGCGACUUGUGGAAAACAGCUUGGAACAAGCGGCAGGCCGUGGUCCAACAACACGAAUCCCUCUCUAGGACAGCCUUGCAAAGUGCCAUGGAAGUGGCCCAGCUGAAGGCGCUGAUUGAAUCUGGUAGCAGCUCGAAGCUAACACCUAGCCAGCUCUCUUCGGCUUUGUUGGCUGCAGGUCUUCAGCAGGUGGUGAGUGGGUCCGCGAAAGCCAAAAAGGAUGAUGAAGAAUGUGGAACAUUAUCCGCAAAUUUCAUCAGCGGUGCCUUGAGUGUACAAAGAGUCGUGCUGAGUUCUCCCCGCUGUGUUGAACUCUUGCUUGAUAUGGAAGCCUCCUUCGGGACACAGAGCCCUUUUCACAUGAUGUCCAAAUUGGCUUGCUUGGCAACGAAGCCUACCUCGGCGAAGACGCGGGAGUGGGUCUUGUCCUGUGUGCAUGAUUUUGUGAUGCACGGGGACAUGUCCCCUUCAGAGAUCACCAAGGGAAGCUUGAUGGGCACCAAGCACCACGUGGGCAUUAUCCAGCUGUGCGAAUGCAAGUUGAAGGUUUCUGGCUUGCAAUACCGGGAGGGAUGGAAGUCGGGCGGGCCUGCGGGCCGAACAAGCCUGUGGGCUUUGACUGAGUUCAUGGCGACGAACAGCAAGGAGCUCGGCAAGGAGAAAUCCCGCAGUCGUUCGCGACCCGAGUCCAGCGACAGCGGCAGGUCGGAGUCAGCUGACAAGAAGGCGGCACGACGUUCCGAGCGGCCGGCCUCGCCGGCAGGAGGACCUGAGCCUGCCCCUCCGAAAAAUGAAAAUGAGUUCAAGAAUGACGACGAGGAGGACGAGCCUGACACGAUUGAGUGCUCAGUGUGCAAGGGCACGAUCCGUGGUGGAAAAGUUGGCAUGCGCAUGCAUAUCCAAAAUUCCGCUAAGCACCGCCAGUACUUGAUUUGGAACCGUGGUGGGAUCCACUGGAAUGAUGCCGGGCUAAGGGCAAAGAAGGAGUUGAAGAAGGAGUGGAAAGAAAAGAAACCUCUUGCCCCUGCGGCGCCCGUUCAUUUGAAAGAGGCUCGUGCUGCCCCGCGGGGCGACCGUGCGCGGUCCAAGGGAAGUCGUCGUGAGCUGAAAGAGGCUGAUGCUGCCCCGCGGGGCGACCGUGCGCGGUCCAAGGGAAGUCGUCGUGAGCUGAAAGAGGCUGAUGCUGCCCUGCGGGGUGACCGUGCGCGGUCCAAUGCACGUCAUCGUGAGCGCUCACGUGGUCGUCGUGGGAGCCGCGAACGCGCUCGUGACAAGCGCGUGCGCGAGCACCCUGACCGCCGGGAGCAUGAGCACCGCGGGCAGUCCCGUGCUGCUGAGCCUGGGCCAAGCCGCCCACGACCGGAGGCUCCUGAGGCGCCUGAGUCUGCGGGGCGCCGCAAUGAUAAUGACGGCAAGGAUUCCCCAGGUAGCUCCGGCUACUCGUACUACACCUCUGAUGAAGAGGAUAAGGAUGAGAAGCCGCAGCAGCCCAAAGUCCCAGCGGCCAAACCAAAGGUUGCGGCAGCCAAGAUCGAUCCGCCGCCCACAGCCCAAAAAAAAAAGGACUCGUCCGCAAGUUCGGGACAGACGUACACAAGUUCGGGAGAGGCGGACACAAGAAUGACUGCCAUGGCGGACUGGUUCCAAGCCCAGGUUUUGGAGCACCUCUUUGAGCAGUAUCUUCCGAAAUCUGGAGUGGUCGAAAGCGACCGGAUGCUUCUCAAAGAGGUCCUGAUGAGCCAUUCAGAGUAUCGUGCUCAUUCUGGGAGUCAGGACUUGUGCUGGAAAGCUCGCUUGCACAAGUCUGGCAUCGAGGUCUUUUCCUUGGUGGAGGCAUUGGUCUAUGACAAAAAGUACGACAACUUCAUUCGCUCCUCCUGUCGACACGGAGGCAGCGCAGAAGCUGUUUUGGAGAGUGAAACCAUUGCCCAGGAGCUCAAAAAAAUUCAAGACAUAUUGGCCAACGAAGAAGCUGAGCGCAAAGUUGCCGCAGGCAUUGUGGAAGACAGUGAGCCAGAAGAUGCCGAACUGGCUGACUCUGCGGAGCUUUUGAACAUGAGAAAGGCGCCCACGACCUUUACUCAAGGAAGCAACGCCUACUGGCGCGCAGUUGCCAACCAGGUGACUCGGACCUACUGCUCCAUCCAGGUGGAGCCGAAGUCAUUGGAUGGAGUGGCGUCGGCUGUGCAGCAAAGCACGGCCAAGGACAUCCGAGGAGUGGUGGGUGAGAAUUCCGUUCUAAUCCAUCUGGACGUGGACCUGCUCCGUGAAACCAUUGGCCCAAACUGUCAAGAGUCGCUCCGCAAAAAAUUCCAGCCCGACAUUGGUUUAAUGCGUAAACUAGUGCAGGGUGCCCUCCUGGGGCGAGGUGCGCAGCGUCGCACAGAAGAGGGGGAGGCCACCAAUGUUCCCGAGGGAGAUGUGGUGGCCCUCCACGCAGGGAUGGACAGGGCAGGGGCUAUGUGCCAGAGUGUCUUCCGCUUGGCAACCGCCAAGAAGGACGACAUGGAUGCUGAAAUCAAGCAGCUGCUCGUCACGUAUGACGAUGACUCGAUGCGAAGCAGGAAGAAGCGUUCCAGAGGCUCAUACUCGACCUAUUCCACAUAUCACCUUGCUUCACAUCAUUGCUUGACCCAAGCAAUUCCGGAAAAGCAAUACCAACAUCACAAGGGCUAUUGCACCAGCGAUGUCUUUGGGCCCGUCAAGGCAAUGCAAGCCUCAGAACUGUGGCACGCGAGCAGGACUGAAAAGGUCGACUUGCCCAGCCCAGACCGCGCAGUGGAGGUUACUGAGGUAGCCCAGGCCAAGAAGGAAGCCAAGUUGGAAGAGUGCGGCACCAAGCAGCAGGAAGACUCCGAAUCGAUCUUCUCUGCCGCCCUUCUUCCGGUCAGCUUCUAUUCCGACCUUAUCAAGGGACAUUCGAUAGAUCUUUCUGUCGGCCAGGCAAGCCUGGCGAAAGCCUCUGUGCUGGAAAGAACACCUUACUGGGGGCUAGCGCUGUCUGAACGGCACGCUCGCAAGGUUGAAGUGGUGUUGACUGACUUCGUGUUGAGUGAAAUGAAAAAAGAGGGGUCUUCGCACUACAGACCAGAAUGUGUAGCCGAACCUCGCACCGAAGAGACCAAAACGCCCACUCCCAAGCCUGCGCCGAAGAAGAGGUCAAAGCCGAAAACUGGCCAGCAAGCUGGCGCGAGUGAGGGCACCGUUGAAAGGGAGGGCGAAGAGCCGGCUCCGAAAAAGCCACGCAAAACGACGAAAGACAAAAACGAAGACGAAGAUGGCGGAGAGAAGAGCGACGCAUCUUCUUUGCCAUGGUAA